CGAAUGAGCGCUCGUCGGGCGUGCGUCGUUACGGCGUCGAUCGAUAAUGUCUCGUGAUCGACGAAUACCCGUCGGAUCGUAAUUAACGCGAAUUCACCGAAUUCUAGAUCGCGCGAAUUUGUACCGUACACCUGGUGUGCAGUGGAAAGUGCAAAGCGGACCGCGUUUCCUCGAAAGCGAUCGCUUUCGGAAGAAAACUCGCGCGUUCAUCUCGCGAAAGACAGCGUCGCGCGAUCGUCAGAUUUUAGUUUGAAUCGCGAUCGAUGAUCAAUCGCGUUGCUCCUAGUCGUCUCCUUUGAGUUUUACCAACGGAGUAAGGAGAAACGGAAGAGGAGCAGCGAAAGGAUUUAUAUUAUUAAAAAAAAGAAGAAGAAGAAGAGGGUAUUUAACUGGUGCGACGUGAGUUGUCCGAGUGCAGUGUGACCGUCGGAUUAAAAGUGAAGUGAGAAAAAUAAAAGAAAAAUUAAGUCCGGCCGAAAAAUGGUGCCACAGCAACAGGACAGCCCGUCUAGCUCGGGUAUACCCAUGUUUGGAUCGUUGCUCGUGGAUAAAAAUUCAGCAACGCCGUACUCCGAUGCCACCCAGACGAAGAAGAACAAUCCGAAUCAUAUAAAGAGACCGAUGAACGCGUUCAUGGUUUGGUCGCAGAUCGAGCGAAGAAAAAUAUGCGAGAUUCAGCCGGACAUGCACAACGCUGAGAUCAGCAAGCGGCUAGGGAGACGUUGGAAAACGUUGGACGAGGCGGAGAGGCGGCCUUUUAUCGAGGAAGCCGAGAGGCUAAGGCAGUUGCACAUGAUGGAGUAUCCCGACUACAAAUAUCGACCGAGGAAAAAGACGUCGAAGCCGAGCGCUUCGGUCAGUCCUAAGACGAAGGACGGUGUCAAGAAACCGAGGAAAUCAUUGGCGACCACUUCUUCCCUCUUGUCCUCCGCGAUCAGCGUCGGUACGUCGAAAGGUCAGUCGCGAAACGACACGAACAACAACAUGCAGACGAACAACGGAAUGGCUAGUACAGUUAAGAGACUGCAGACGCAUACGAACGGUAGCAAACCGGUGUCACGUUUGAAGGUCAGAUUAGCGCUGGACAAACGAUCUUCGCUCGAUUACACCCCCGCACCGCCGAUCGUCACCGCUAAAAUACCGAGCAGUCCAUCCUGCGUCACGCCAGAUUCCCCGGAGUCUGCCAGCUUCUACGAGGACAACUUCCUCGAAUGCGGCUCCUCCGCUCGACUUGCCGUAGCCUCCGCCUCCGCCUCCGCCUCCGCUUCUACCAACCUCGGCACGCCGAAGGGAACCGGAAAGAUCAAGCGAGAGGCCAACCUGGAGAUGGACUACGAGUCGACGUUCGAACCGAAAGAUCGACUGCUAUCGUCGGUCGGUCCCGUUUCAUCGAACAUCCCCGUUACCUUCCCGUCCACCGUCGAAGGGAUCGACGGUUUGAUCAGCGACAGGAGUUACCGCGCGCAAACACCCUGCCAUCGUUCCGGCUUCUUCGUGAAAGAGGAACCGAUCGAGUCGGUCGACACGGACAUGGAAAUGGAAACGAACACCGCGACCACGACCACGACGAUACCGUCGCGAGCCACCAUGCACGGAUUGGAACGAACGUCCUCGAGCUCGUCGUCCAAUUCGACCUCUCUAACGACCGCGACCACCACCAUUCUCACCGUCGCGUCCUCCGUGCCCGCGUCCGAUCUCGCGAUGUCGACAAACACCGGAACCACCGCGACGAUAAACGAGGACGCGGUCCUCGACGAUACCAACGUCACCGCGACGGUGGUGAAACUCGAGGAACCGGGGAACAAUCCCAGCCUGGCCGACCUCUACUCCCUGACGGACCUGUUGCAGAUACAACCGUCCGACUUUAAGCUCGAUCUGGACAUGGAGACGAUAACCAGCGACCUGGACACCUUCGAGACCGCCAGUUCAAGCAGCGGUUCGCACUUCGAGUUCUCCUGCACCCCCGACGUCACGGACAUGCUGUCCACUAUCGGCGUCGGCAACGAUUGGGUCAGCUUUUGAGACGGAAGGGGAGACCGCGAGUUCCUCUCGCGUUGCAAACUUCUCUCCGACUCUUUCUUUCUUUUUUUUUUUUUUUGUACAUGUACUGUAGUAUAUUAGAUUUAAGGCAUUCUCUUUUUUUACCUUUGUACGGCACUAUUAACCGACGAACGCGGCAGUCGUGGCCGGUGUUCGCACCGCCCUGCCCCUCGAUGCGACGAUCGAGGAUGAUCUUCGAUUUUUCGCGAUCCGUUUGUUCGCCACGACGAACCUCGGAACCAACGUCUUUGAUGCAUCAAACGUUUGAUCUCAUGUUUUCUUCUUUACAGUUAGAACUAUCUUAGUUUGGAACUUGUUACGCCUUAGUGUACGCGGCCGCUUUCAAUCCUUUCUCGCUGUUUCCGUACUUUGGCGAACCGUCUAACGGGCCGAUAUCAGUCGUCGUCGCAACACGCGUAUCGAGCACACUGCCAACUAAACUUGUAUCUUUCAUUUUUUUUUUUUUCUUUUCUUUAAUUUCGUCCGCUCAAUUUGCGCAACUGCCAAAAACGAAACAAAUCCAAUUUUCGAUAUGUCGCCGCUCUUUAUAUUUCUUUGUAAACGGCGAUAUAACGAAAGAUGCGGGUAUAUUCGUUUCGUAUACUUUUUCGUAGCUCUUUAACGCUACUGCCAUUUACACGGUACACACACACACACACACACACACGUAUACACGUACGUCUAUGGUCGAGAGAGAGACUGCUUACAUCGUGGUAAGUUCGUAAGUCGUAACAGAGCGACAGGCAAAAAUGAGAGGAAAUACGCGACGCUCAAAGAUUUAUUGCCCACCUUUUUUUUUUUUUCUCUCCUUGCUUCGAUUCUUCUCCCCGUCGAAAGAAAGUGUAAUACCCCGCGCGCACAAAGAGAACAACAAACGAGAAAGAAUGUUUCGAGUGUAUUCGUGUUGCGGCGCGUACGCGAAACGCGCGAUAUAUAUUCCACGAAACGGAGUUGAAUCCAAACAAUUGAAAGCCAAAGUAGAAAAACAGAUUUUGUCUCUCUUCGCCUUCCCGGCUCUCCCAAUUAUUUUUCCUACAAUUUAAUAGGCUGUGAAUUAUUUGUCGUCGUUGUUGAUCUAAAGACGUCCGACGAUCGAGAUUCGACGAGGGAUGCGCGAGUAGUCGAGAAGUAUAAUUUCGGCUAACCGCGCACCCCUUACGUUCGAUUUUUCAUCGCGAAUAAUGAACGAUCGAAAGGGAGGAGUCGCGUACGUCGACGAGAGGAUGGACAGGGAGGGCGUGAGGGAAGGGGAUGAAGGGACAAAAGUUGACGACCAGAGAGAAAUUGGUACGUUUCUACUCCGUUACCCGUAAAGUAGAGAUAUAAAGGAACACACCAAAGUGCAAUAUUACCCCGUAUGUAUAUCUGUCUGUAAAUGCGCAUAACACCGAACAGAAAGAAA